CACCGCCCAGGAGCGGUUGCCCAAGGGGCUGGGUAUAAACCCCUGACGUGAGGCCGGCUGCCUCUCACUGCUCCUGAGCACAGAGGAAUGGCCUCUCGCUGGGCUGUGCAGCUGCUGCUCGUGACAGCCUGGAGCAUGGGCUUUGGUGAAGCCUUCAGGUGCUACAGCUGUGAGCAGCCCACAGACGCUGCCUUCUGCAAGAACAUUACCUACUGCAAGCCGGAGCACACAGCCUGCACGACCAAGCUGGUGAUGGUGGAGGCAGAGUACCCCUUCCAGCAGAGACCCGUGGUGACCCGCUCCUGCUCGAGCUCCUGCAUCGCCACCGACCCCGACAGCAUUGGGGACGCCCACCUGGUCUUCUGCUGCUUCCGAGACCUCUGCAACUCGGAACUGGGAGCCUAGGGUGGCAGGGUGGAAGGCGCUCCUCGGGCGCCUCCCGUCUGACGGGGCCUGGCUCCGCCUGCGUCACCUCCCCCUGCUUCCUGCUGCUGGGGCACAGCUCACUCAAGGGGUCUGAGGGGAGAGAACCACACCACGGGCACCCUCUGCCUUCCACACCCCAAACUUAUAAACAUAAAUUAGCCCAGAGUGGA